CUCUCCCAUCACAGGCACCAACCUGCUAGUUGGACGAGUCGCCGCAUCUUUGAAUGUGACUGGAGUGUUUUCAUGAAUUUAAUGUCAGCCAGUGACGAUAUUGUCCACCGAUUAUCAGGAGCCACUGCCGACCUGCGUCUCUGGAAAUGUUUUUUGUAUGUACACAGUUAGCUUGAGGGCUAGCUAGAAGGAGCUAGCACUGGCAACGCUUCGUUGACUCUCUUGUUUACACGUUAGCUUGAGCUAAUGCUAGCUAACAUAUCGUUACACUAGAAACCCGACUCUAAAAGGUGUUUUCUUAUAGCUAACUAUAGCUGACUGUGUUUAUGUCUUUAUACUGUGCAAACUGGCUUUCUGCAUUACAUCGCAUUGGUUGUCACUGCAUGUAUCUAACAGUGGCGUUAGCUUACAGGAUAAAGCCUUGACAACAUAGCGUUACUCAGAAAUGUAAAAGAAAACGCUGCAUAUAUUUAUUCACAAGGAGAUUUACAAACAAAUUGCUGCGGUAGAUUUAUAUUAGACAUGGCGUAGCUACUAGCAUGGCAACAUCUCAUGGCAGUUCAUAGAUGUCAGAACAGAGGAGUGUACAGUGGUAGCCACAUCGUCCCUCAGUUGUCUGUGGAGGCCAACCACAGGAUAAAACAGCGCUGUCAGUCAGCCGCUGACAUUAAAACAUCAUUACUGAAACAAAGGACGAUGGAGACUGUGAGGAGCGCUUUCCACUCUCAGCUGGCCACCGUCAUGGACUCACUGCUGGCAGCUGCCGUGUGCGAGAUCGCCAAGAUCUUUGAGAGCAGCCUGUGUGAGCAGCAGGCGGAGCUAGCGCAGAAAACUGAGGAGAUCUCCAUCCUCCGGGGCAAGCUGGAGAAAGUGGAGAGGAGGCAGAAGGCGAAGGGUGGAGGCAGCGAGGAAGGGGAGAUGUCAGCAGGCGACAGAGAGGGGAGCCUGAGGCAGCAGACCCUGACAGGAGCAGGACUGAACGUGGGAAAGGAUACCUCGUCUCAUUCAGACGCAGUAGAAGGACUCAGUCAGAGCCUCAGCGGGCUGAAAGAAGAGGUAACAGGCCAUGAUGGAGCUUCAGUCAAACAUGAGCGUGCAGGUUCAAGACCUCCACUGGGGUCUGUUGCAGUCCAAGUCCCAGAGGGAAGCCUGGCUGCUGGAGACCAGAGGCAGAUAGAUACCCUGUCCACUGCACAAGCCAAGACUAAAUUGUCUCAUUGGGAUCAGGGCAGUGCAGACCACAGAUCCCUCCAAGACCAAGUCUCCACCCCUUUUCUCUCCAUCUCCCAGAGCGGCCGUUGCUCCCCCAGGCCUGACCCAAGCCUUGCUCAACCAGGGGAGUGGUUACCAGGGUUGGAUGCCACUCGGGGAGGAGUGUCUGGUCUGGAGAACCUGCAGGCAGAUGGCACCAACUGUUCUGAUCCAGCUACCAGUAGCACUGGCACAGACACACCCUGCUUCCGACCGGGGUUUGGUUCUGAUGAGACGAGCAACGAGGAUGAUGAUAGCUCUUUCCCUUUCCUGGACCAGGAGCCUGAGAACCACAACUCCAAUCAGAACUCGGUGCAGGGCCAGGACGUGGUGCAGAGGGGGGCCCGGCAGGUUCAGCCCCAAGCCCCCUCUGGUGAAUCAACAUGGAGACCUAGAGAUGACAGGGGUGGGAGAGGCCCCAUAAAUCACACACGGCGGGUCACAACUUACAGUAACAGAGACCCUCUCCGACCACAGUCCAAUUCACAGUCGCUCACGCUGCGACACACAAACACUCUCAGCCACCCUCCAGCUCCCGGCGGGGGGAACGGACGACCUUACACCUGCCCGUACUGCACCAAGUGUUUCACCUACCCUUCACACCAGCGCAGACACCUUUUACGCCACACAGGGGUCAGACUGCAUCCCUGUCAGUUUUGUGACAAGAGCUUCCUCACGCCCUCUGAACUUACUGUGCACACUCGCACACAUACGGGAGAGCGGCCUUUUGGCUGCGCACAGUGUGGUAAACGCUUUGCCCGCAGCGGCAACUUGAGAGCCCACCAACGGGACGUUCACAUGGGGAAGAGGCCCUUUGCCUGCACAGAGUGUGGAAAGAGAUUCGCCCACAGGGGGAACCUGAGGGUGCACAAUCACAGAGUCCAUCAAGGAGAUCCCUACUACAUGGAUGAUCAGCAGGAGCCUGACAUAGGCCCGAAUCCAAUAUGAAAAGAGUUUAAAAAAAAAAAAAAAAAGGCUGUGCACUUUAAUUUUGUUUGCAAAUUAAACCUUUGGAACUUGUUUCAGGAUUGCCUAUUAUGUCCCACAUGAACUUAUUUCUGAACACUUUAAACGGUUUGAAAGUAUUUAAGGUUUUUGUUUGAUUUGUUUGUUUUCUAAUUUGAUGAGUGGCAACCUUAAGAUUAACCAUUGUCGCAUUUUACUGUAUGUAAUUAAUACAUGGUCAAAGUGCAUUUUAUUUCAGUGUCUUAAUCUUAUUUUCAAUGAUGAUUCAAUGUCAGAGUUAUGGGUCACACUAAAAGGGAGAGCUUUGUAUUAACUGUAUUGUAAAUGACUGGAUAUAAUCAUCCAUCUAUAGGAAAUAUUAUCUGCUGUUGUAAAGAAAAAAAAACUUGUCUCCAGGAUAAUAUUAAGUUCCAAUGCUGUUCUUCCCUAUCAGUGAAAAUCACAGAUCUGAGCACCUUUUCAUUACUUAAAGUAAAAAAACUAGAAAGUAAUGUUUUCAUAAAGCCAAUAAAGAAAGUCUAGUUGGUAUUAGAUUUAGAAACUUGGCAUGCAGAGGUAGGAUAGCACGUCUCUUUCUUAAAAAUUGUGCUUAUAUUCUGCCCAUCUCCUCAAACUCUUAACAGUGUUGUAAAAUUGAAACAUGUUAUUGCAACAAGUACAUAACUGUGUUGUUAAAGAAGAACUGUACUUUUAUUUUCCAUCCUGUUUUGGCAAAGUGAAAUUAAAUAAUAUACUCAUACAAAGUUUUUAUUCUUCACUUGAAAAAUGAAUGCAUUGUUCAAUACAAUCUAAUAUUGCUGCACCAUUCUUUGCCGGACACCAGGGGGCAGUGUCCACAUACAAAAGAUUUACAGAAAUUGCUUAGGACAUGCUAAAUAGAUUUUUAAUAAAAUUGUUGCUGUCAGCAUGUUUUACCAUGUGCCCUAUAUUUGCAGAUUGGUUUCCCUGAUGUAUGCACAUGUGUCAUCAUGCCACCUCUUUCAUGGUCUACU